AUGGCGCGCGCACGAGUCUUUCGAGCUUCCAGGCAGGCCGCCUUCUUAGUUCUCGGAGGAACGGCGGCCACUCAAGCACCUCAAUCCCUCCGCUUCCGCACCGCGUUUGCAGAAGCUCCCUCCAAAGACACCCUCCCUGAAAAGAAACCUAUAUACUCCUCUGAUUCCGUCUUGCCAACCGUUCCCGAACCCUCACCGACCUCACCAGUUUCGAAGCCGAAUCCACGCUCUCCGACUCCGACAGACAGGCUGACGGAACAAGUGAAAAAGGCGCGUCUCUUCCUCUACGACCAAUCGCUGGCUGCCGAAAAUGGCGUCAACGAUCUGUUGACCUGGGCGUUCAAAAAAGAGACCAACUUGACCAGCACCAUUGCCUCAUUAGCUCCUGCACCAGAGACCGGUGAACAAUUACUGCCAGGGGUUAUCUACGUUCUCGUUGCGACCAUGGCCGGGUCAAUCGUCAGUCGGAACCGUGGCAUCUUUCUGCGAGCAACAUUCCCAUUGGCCGUGGGAGUUACGGCAGGCUGGCUGUUGAUCCCGGUGACCAUGCGCAACACCUCCAACUUGAUCUGGGAAUAUGAGGAGAAAGUGCCGGUCAUCAGUGAGACGCAUCUUCAAGUCCGGGGCUUCGUGCAGGAUGCCUGGAGGGCAGCGAAAGUACAUGCGAAACUAGCCACAGACUGGGCGGACGAGACGACCAGCGAGACGCGGAAAAGGGUUGAAGACUUUGUGUCCAAGGGGAAAUAG